GCGUUGCAUGAUUGAAUUUGUUGGGAUGGUCGUCAAUUGUGUUGACGGCAUCGUUCCACCUGUUUCAGCUAAUUGCACCAACCUCGCAGUUGCGGGUUCAGGUUCAGCUUCACUCUCAAAGUAUCUGACCGCGGCCCACGCACCCAAAUGCAGCAAAGACACAGGUAAUUCUAGCUGUGUCCAUCACCAUCACUCGGCGUUUGGAGCAACGGAAGCAUUGACACAUGGACCUUGCGUUCUCACUACACUGCGUGAGCCAGCAGGGCGGCUUGAAUCCGGGUACCGAUAUAUAGAUAUGAGGAAGUGGAAGAGAACACAUAAACAUACGAAUAGCACAGUUUCUCGCGAUGUGACCUAUCUCAAAUCCACCUACGACGCAAAACCCUUUGUAAACCCGUUGUAUGGCUUUUUCGGUAUACCCCAAACAGCAUAUUUGGCAGGCCUUACCAAGGGCCUUUGCCACAAGGGUCUGGUGCAACUUCAUAUUAUUUGUACCGAAUCUUUGACCAAUGAGCUUUCGGAUCUCAGCAAAGACCUAGAUAUUUCUCCAGAUGUCCACUUUCCAGCGAACGGACGUUCUGAGGCUCAAAGUGAAGAAUUGGCUAAGCGGUCCAGACUCGAGCCCAAAUUGAGGAGCUGGGUAAAUAACGAGCUCUAUCCCCUUGACAGUUUACUUCAUGAUACUUUCUGCAAUGGUCGCGGUAUAUAUAAAUAAAAAAUAAAUAAAUAAAUAAAUUAAGGAAGACCUAAGAAAGGAACAAGCUCCUAGGAGCCUUCUCCCUGCUCGGUCAGG